UUUCGUCUGCUCUCCUCCUCCUGUCUCGGCAGUCUGCAAAGACUCUGCUCAGAAAGAGAGAAGAGAGAGAGAGCGCUGUCCGACUGUCCGCUGAAGAGGCAAAGUACUCGAAACGCAAACGCCCUACACGGGUAACUCAGAACCCUAGAGGCUUCAUUUUCAUGGAAAGCUACCCACAUUCUCGACAGACAAGCACACUCUCCAAGAAAACCUGCAAUGGCGCUGCUGCAGCGGCUAAGGGCAUCGCCUACGACGACGUUUUCGGUGGCCCGCCGAGGUUCGGGAUGCCUCAGACACUCGCUCCGCGCGUGGAGGACUACAGCGAGAUAUUCGGCGCUUUUCACGCCUCACGCGCCUCCUCGAUUCCCGUGCUUGACCUUCCCUCGGUUGAAGAUGAUGCUGAGGUAUUCUUUGAUGUUCGGAGCUCUGGUUUCGACUAUGGGGAGGUCUUCGGCGGAUUUGACGCCAUGGAUUUUGCUAUGUCGUAUGAGGACUUGCUGAGGACGGAGGAAACCAACGGUCAUGGCGGUAAUGCAGAUUUUUCUGAAGAAGACUGUACACCAGCAGCAUCUGAGUCCUUGUCAGAAGUUUCAGAUGAUUCUGCAAAGAACUUACGCUUCUCAAACCAAGGGGUUUAUGAGCCAGUUGAGGACACUACAGAGUUCAGCAUAUCAUAUCAUAGAGCUAAUCAAGGAAGCAAUGCAGAUAUCUCAAAUGGGAUUACUCAAAUAUCUCAGUUCCAUUCUUUUCCAGGAUAUACUCUUCUGGUUGAUAAAAACACUUGUCGGAGUGGAGCAGGCUUUGAGAAUCCAUCUACGGAGGUUACGGAGAAUAGUAAUCUUAACAUGGAUUUUAGUGGGGAAAUGAAGGGAAAGCACCUCAGGAAAACUUUGUCAUACUCUUGCAAUGGUGGUACAGACAUGAUGACGUUUGGAAAUGACCUUAAACCUCAAAAAGAAUACAGAAGAAAUGAAUCUCUUCCUAAUGAGAUGUUUGUUAAAGUUUCUGAUGUCAGCCUUCGAACUCAGCCCUCGCGAGUGCCUCCUCCUUCUAGACCUCCACCUGCAUUAGACAUCGGAAAGGCUGAUUCCAGUAGAGCUUCUUCAAGUUCUAAAAGUGCUGUUUCUGAAACAACUGCAGGUGAUAAUUCUCCAAGAUUCUUUGAUGUAGAUAUUGAUGCAAGUUCAUCUGCUGCUGCAUCCGCGGCUGCUAUGGUAGAAGCAAUGGAGAAAGCUCAAGCUAAACUGAGAAGUGCGAAGGAUUCACUGAAGAAAAAGAGGGAGAAUUCUCAAAACUGUGCAAUAACAGGGUCAAAGAAGGAUAGGAAAGGAAAGGUUGACAAGACUUUUGAAAUAUCCAGUUGUAUGAGGGAUGAGUCACUGCAGAGUGAUUGUGCUGGAGACCUCAGUGGAAUGAGAUUUUCGAUUAAGCAGGAGAGAUAUAAGGCAACACGUUCAACUGAUGCAGUUCAGGGUUCAGUAGUUGGAGAAAAAAGACUAGAUGGGGCUAAAGCGUCUCCACUGCCAAAGGAUAGCAAGGAAUUCUGGUCAACUCAAGAGCCUGAUAAAAUUGACAUUGUUGAUGAAUGGAAAGAAGCAAAUCAAUUUUUCGAACUUGUGAAAGUAGAUAGAUUGAGAGAGAAAUUUGUGCAGACAGAUGGUGCAAAUAUUUUGUUACCAAAUUCAAAACAGCAGGAGUGUAAGAAGAAGGAAAAAAAGUCAGCCCCGGAAGCAUAUGGGUGCCGGAGAGAAAAUGAUAAGAAAUCAAACCCAGUUGGAGAGUCUUAUGAAUUGGAGGGAUAUGAGAGUGAGGCAAAAGUACUGAAAGGAGCUUAUAAUCAUGAAGAAAACAGUGUUAUGUCAGAAACAGUCGAAUGGAUACGCACACAAAAGGAGCAUGAAAAGAAGGUGAACAUAGCUCAAGAAGCUCUUGAACAUGGAGAGGAUGACAAGAUGUUCAUAGCAGACCAACAACCUGUUGAAACCGUGAACAAAUCUACUGGAGCUGAUGAAUCAGAAGUAAAUGAGGAUUCAGCUGGGAAAGAGAACAAAUAUGCAUUUCAUCAAAGCAUGAAGCUGGAGAAAGCGCAUCUAAAGGAGACCAAUAACUGUAUGGAAGGUGAAAAGAGAAGCAAGAAGUCACGUCAAAGGCGAGAAAAUGAAGAUAGCCAGCUUCAGGAUUUUAAGGGGGAAGAAAAUGAGAGAAAGCUUCUCAAGGCUCUCAAAAGAGCAGAGGAGCAGAAAAGACUGAAGGAGGGUUCUGAACAGGAGGAAAAAGAGAAGAUGAUCAACAAGCUGCUUGAGCAGGAGGAAAAUGAGAAGAAGCAGAUACAUACUCAUCGUGACAGAAAUCAAGAGCAAUCAAGAAAGGCUCUGGAGCUAGAAGAGAUGGAAAGGAGAUUAAAAGAGGCUAUUGAACUAGAACAGAAUGAGAGGAAACAGAGGGAGGCAUGUGAAAGAGAAGAAAAUGAGAAGAGAGUAAAAGAGGCUCUUGAGCUUGAAGAGAGUGAGAGGAGACUGAGAGAGGCCAUUGAAUGGGAAGAGACUGAGAGGAAACAGAGGGAGGCGCGUGAAAGAGAACAAAACGAGAAGAUGCAGAAAGAGGCUCUUGAGUGGGUGGAAAAUGAGAAGAAACAAAGAGAUGCUGAUAAAAAGGGGGAGACUGAGAAGAAACUUAAAGAGGAUGCUGAAAACGACGGGGAGAGAUUAGAAGAGUUGUUUGAGCAAAAAGUAGACGGAAAACUUUUAGGACAACCACAGGAGAGAAAAGAAAGUGAAAUGGAGUUACGGGAACCAUAUGAAGAAGAAGAAACUGGGAGGACAUCCAGGGAGUGUUGUGAAGGGAAGGAGACCAAGAGGAUUCUUGAAAAUGCUUGUGAUAGUAACAAACUGAAGGGAGGGAGUGAAAUACAUGAGCAGACAAAGCAAAAUAAUGAGCAGAAGAAAACAGAAGUGGCUCAAGGAAUGCAUGGGCACUUGGAGGGGGAGGGCAUCAGGGUAUUCAAUGAGAGAUGUCUGCUAGAUGAACACGUCAGAUCAGCUCAAUUUGCUGUCAAGCAUGAGGAUAAUAGUAUAGAAGUGGAAGCAAAUAAAGAUGCCUUUGUUUGUGAGAAAAAAUUAGGGGAACCUAUCAAAGCCAGUUCAGCACGUAGGAACUCUGAAGCAGUUGAAGUGGAGAAUAUGAUGGUUGAUGGAAAAUCUAAAGCAUCUAGCUUGUGGGAAGGUGAUGUGAUACUUAAGGAGAAUGUAUUCAAAAUGAAAGAUGUUGCAGAGUCGCUUAACAUGGAUGACAGUGUGAAUAAGGCAAGGGAUGACGAUGUUGGACAAACAAGCAAUGAGAAAAUUAAAAGUGUCUCUGAGAUGAACUUGGAGAUUAAAAAUCGAGGAAGAAAGUUUGUUAAUGAACGGGGAGAAAGUAAAAACAGUAUAAAACACACCCAGGUUACAGUAAAUCAGGUGGACAACAAGGAAAUGCUCAUGUCAACUCGAGUGGUGAAAGAGUCAGUUGAAACUGGAAGAAAAAUAGAAGCAGCUGAGCCAGCUCUAAGUCAAGUUAAAGGAAGUUCACGAAAAGCAGCAUAUCAGGUUAAUAUUGGUCAGAGUGCUGAAAGAAAAGAGAAGAAUUUUAAUGAGGCUCGUGCAUCAGAGGAGAAGGAAGCUGCAAGAAUGAAAAGAGAAGGAGAACUGGAGCAGGAACGUCUUAGAUGGCUAGAAGAAGAUAUGGAGAGGGAGAGGGAAAGAGAAAAGGAUAGAAUGAAAAGAGAAGGAGAGCUGGAGCAGGAACGUCUUAGAAGGCUAGAAGAAGAGAUGGAGAGGGAGAGGGAAAGAGAAAAAGAUAGAAUGGCUGUAGACAGGUCAGCAUUUGAAGCUCGUGAUAGGACAUAUGCUGAAGCUCGUGAGAGGGCAGAGAGAGCUGCUGUGGACCGAGCGACUGCUGAAGCUAGACAAAGAGCAUUGGCAGAGGCUCGUGAAAGACUAGAAAAGGCAUGUGCAGAAGCUAGGGGUAAGACGUUAUCAGAAAAGACAUCCAUAGAGGGCAGGCUCAGGGCAGAGCGCGCUGCUGUAGAAAGAGCAACUGCGGAGGCUCGAGAACGUGCGGAAAAGGCAAUGGCCGAAAAGGUUACUUUUGAGGCUAGAGAACGAAUGGAAAGAUCUAUUUCAGAUAAGUUCUCUGCUUCCUCCAGAAAUGGCGGAAUGAGACCAAACUCUUCAUCCUCUGAUUUGCAAAAUCAAUUUCAGAAUGUCAACUCUUUUGGCGGUUCAGCAUAUUCAUAUUCUUCAGCUUAUGGUGAUGAAGUUGAAGUGGAAUCACCUCAAAGGUGUAAAGCUAGAUUGGAGAGGCAUCAGCGAACUGCUGAUCGAGCGGCAAAAGCUUUGGCGGAGAAGAAUAUGCGGGAUCUGCUUGCUCAAAGAGAGCAAAUGGAGAGAAAUAGAUUGGCUGAAAGUCUGGAUGCUGAUGUUAGAAGGUGGUCAAGUGGGAAGGAAGGAAACUUGCGUGCAUUGCUUUCGACGUUGCAAUAUAUCCUUGGGCCUGAUAUGGGUUGGCAGUCAAUUCCGCUAACAGAAGUUAUAACGUCAGCUGCUGUAAAGAAAGCUUACAGAAAAGCUACCCUUUGUGUUCAUCCAGACAAAUUACAGCAACGGGGAGCGAGUAUCCAGCAGAAGUACAUAUGUGAAAAGGUCUUUGAUCUUCUAAAGGAUGCUUGGAACAGAUUCAACUCGGAAGAGCGGUAGCACGGGCGUAUUGUUACUACUAAGUUACGCGCUCCUGUAAAUUCUCAUUUCUUGCAAGUAAAUGCAUUUGAUGUUAUUUAUCAUAAAGAAAGUAAUUUAUGUUC